UACAACCUGAUAUCAGGUGAACAGUAGACCCUGCUUCAUCUUCUUUUCUGCUUGUUCUCCUCCUCCCUCUCUCUGUUCCACAGCUACAAUACACAAGGACUUAAGAGAACUUUUAAGAACAAAACUUCAAGCAGAGCGUUUUCUUUGUUUUGUGCUUUUUUUCUGUUAACACUUUCUUUGGCAUAUUCCUUUUUUGCCAAUGCUUGUCCCCAACAAACAGUUGAGUCUUGGUCGCUCCCACAGUUGGGACACAUUAGGGGGGAAUGAGGGGCAGUGGGACAGGUCUGAGAGUGUCUACGAGCAGCAGGGGAGAGUAGCUGGCCGACGGAGCUCUCUGUCAUACGGAGAGGGAGGAGGGUGGUACGAGCCUCCACCAGGAGUGCAGCACCCUGAACUGGAUUUAAAACGUGACCCAUAUUCCUACCAAGAUUCUCUUUACGCAGAGCGACACGAUCCACGGGCAUUGAGAAAGAGCUCUGUCCCUGAUCUAAACCACUACGAACGUGCAUCCAUGGCUCACAGAGGAUCCAUUCCUCACCCGGACUACUAUUCCCAUGACCCAGCCAUGACUCCCCGGACACCUGAGGGUUUUUACCGGCCAGAACAGCAGCCUCCGCCAACUCAUCCUCAUCCACUCAGUAGGUCAGGUUCUCGUUUUGGGAUGACUCCUGGGACUCGUGCUGUUUGGGAUCAAACUCAGGGAGGGAGAGCUGGACCGCAACCCCCUUCAUCACCUCUACCUGCUCCACCUCCGCCGACCGCUCAUGAGUUGAAUCGGGCUUAUAGGGAACCUAGUGCUGUAACUGCUGCCAAAAUGACACCAGAUGGCCAACAGCGCAUCCCCUCUCGAGACCCAUCUCCUGCUCAUUAUGGUAUGGAGCAUGCGUCUCCUCGCUAUGCCAGUGAGCCUCCACCUCUGACCAGUCAGUCUGUCUAUACUGAUGUGAACGGCCGCCCACUGGAUCCACAACAACAGGCUGCUACCUGUCUAGUAGUAGAUCCUGCCAGUCAAGGAAUGAUAAUGAGGCAAGAGACAGCUUCACCAUACACUGCCCAACAUCAGCAGCAAAUACAACAGCAACAACAAUUACAACAGCAGCAACAAUUACAACAGCAGCAGCAGAUACAGCAACAGCAACUACAGCAACAACAAAUACAACAGCAGCAACUUCAACAGCAACAAUUGCAACAACAGCAGCUGCAACAACAGCAGCUGCAACAACAGCAGAUACAGCAACAACAACUGCAACAACAGCAGCUACAGCAACAGCAGCUUCAACAAGAUCAGUUGCAACAGCAACUUCAACUGCAACAGCAACCUCCACCUACCAUACCAGUUGCUGACCCUAACCUGUCUAUGGUAGCUCCUCUUCCCGCUCCACCUGCUCCAAUGCAGACUAUAGCAGUGGCUGCAGCUGCACCUAUACCUGUGCAGGCAGCCCCAACUACAGUCCCUCCACCCCCAGUGACUCCACUUCCUGCUCCUCUUCCUGCUCUCCCUCCGACUGCCCCACAGACGCCAUUGCCUGUGGACCCCAAGAGAACAGUUGAUCCAGAAUUCCUUGCCCUACUGCGAAAUGAAGGCUUGUCUGAGAGCACCAUCUCUUCUGUUAUCCACCAAGGGUUUGACUCUACUAGCAUGCUAGCUGUAAUGGAGGAAAACGAUGUUCGCACCGUUGCCCCAAACCUCGGACAAGCUCGUGUGCUAUCUCGCUUGGUGCACAACUGCAAACGGCCUGUUGAAGCUACACCAGCACCCUCCCAACCUCAAACACCCAUGCGAGGCCGCUCUAAUAGCUUCAGCCAUCGCUCAGAUGUCUACCAUCACCAGCAGCAACAACACCAUCAUACACACCCUUCACAGGCUUUGACAGUUGACCCACAACUGAUGCCCCCGCAGACCCCUGGGGCCAUGCACACCAUCUCCCCAAGGAUGGGAGAGGCAAUGGGAAGAAGGCCUAGCAGUGCUCCUUCUCAGCACCUCCUGGAAGCCUCUGGUGGCUACCCAGGCCAACCGCCUCGCUCCCCAGGGCCAUAUGCUGGAGCCAUUAUGCCUAUCCAACAAAGACCCAUGUCUGCCUACUCUUCAGGGAUGGCAAUGCCUGGGAUGCCCAUGCAGGGGAUGCAGAUAAUGCCACAGCAGAUGACGGGGUCAAUGCCUGCAAUGCCAGGGUCUAUGCACUCCAUGCCAGGUAUGCCCCAGCAGAUGCCUGUGUCCAUGCCAUCUUUACCACAGCCACCACAGCAGGUACCAAAAGCAUAUUCUACCAACUACACAGUGCCCAUGGACAUGAUGAAGAGGGACAGGAACUUACUGCCACUGUCACCCAUGCACAGCCCUCACCCAAGUCCUCAGAUGAUACGUAAGGGUGGGGGACCUUCAUCUGACAACGCCCUUGUCCCUAUGGGACCACCUGGCACCAGCCAAGGUGCCCUGGUUGCUAACCAGAAGCUAAGUCGUCGCACGGGUCCACCUGUCAUUGUGUCCACUAUGGCAUCUCCAGACACAAGUAUUCGGCCCCAGAUUAUGAAUGGGCCUAUGCACCCGCGCCCCCUGGUGGCGCUGCUGGAUGGCCGCGACUGCACCGUGGAGAUGCCAAUCCUCAAAGACCUGGCAACCGUGGCUUUCUGUGAUGCCCAGUCCACACAGGAGAUACAUGAAAAGGUGCUGAAUGAAGCCGUGGGGGCCAUGAUGUACCACACCAUCACCCUGACCAGAGAAGACCUAGAGAAGUUCAAGGCGCUGCGCAUCAUCAUCCGCAUCGGCAGUGGCUACGACAACAUCGACAUCAAGGCUGCAGGGGAGCUGGGCAUCGCAGUGUGUAAUAUUCCCUCAGCGGCUGUAGAAGAAACAGCAGACUCAACAAUCUGUCACAUCCUCAACCUGUACCGGCGAAACACCUGGCUGUACCAGGCUCUCCGGGAGGGCACGCGGGUCCAGAGCGUAGAGCAGAUCCGAGAGGUGGCGUCUGGGGCGGCCAGGAUCCGAGGAGAGACGCUGGGCCUCAUUGGAUUUGGUCGCUCCGGCCAGGCGGUUGCGAUGCGGGCCAAGGCGUUCGGCUUUAACGUGAUCUUCUACGACCCCUACCUCCAGGACGGCUUGGAGCGCUCGCUGGGCGUUCAGCGAGUCUACACGCUGCAGGACCUGCUCUACCAGAGUGACUGCGUGUCCCUGCACUGCAACCUUAAUGAACACAACCACCACCUCAUCAACGACUUCACCAUCAAACAGAUGCGUCAAGGUGCUUUCCUGGUCAACUCUGCACGAGGGGGUCUGGUUGAUGAGAAAGCAUUGGCUCAGGCCCUGAAAGAAGGCAGGAUACGGGGAGCCGCCUUGGAUGUCCACGAAUCGGAGCCUUUCAGUUUUUCCCAAGGUCCUCUGAAAGACGCCCCCAACUUGAUCUGCACCCCCCACACAGCCUGGUACAGCGAGCAGGCUUCCCUGGAGAUGAGAGAGGCCGCCGCCACAGAGAUACGCCGAGCCAUCACUGGCCGUAUUCCGGACAGCCUCCGAAACUGUGUCAACAAAGAGUUCUUCAUCACGGCGGCGCCCUGGGGGAUGAUGGAGCAGCAACAGCCUCAAGUUCACCCUGAGAUGAAUGGUGCUGCCUACAGAUUCCCUCCUGGUGUGAUGGGUGUCGCCCCCGGUGGGAUUCCUGGACCUAUGGAGGGAUUGGUUCCUGGGGGAGUGCCCAUUGCCCACACCCUGCCCCCUGGUACCCAUCCGUCACAGGCCAUCUCCCCCAACCAACCCUCCAAACAUGGCGACCCGUUGAGAGAGCACAUGAGCGAGCCGUAGGACUGCAGCUGUGAGCGAGCAGCGGGGACAGACUCAAACAAUGUAAACUACAACAAAAUAAGAAAAUCUCAGAAACUUUACCAUCAAAAGCAUCCGACUUUGACUUCAGCCAUCUGAACCCACCAGCAGACUGCCUGCAGGGCAACGUUUCACACAGUUUCUUUUUGUAUGAAACUAUGAAGCCCAAGUGAGGACAGCGGAUGUUAACACACACACAUGAGCUGCCACACUGAGAUGGGACUGACCGUCAAACUCAGACUCCUUUCCUCCUCCAUAUCUGUUUUUUUUUCUUCUUCAUUUAUGUUUUGAUCUUUAUUUUUGGGUAUAUUUCAGGGAGAUGACUCCUCGCGCUCUGGGACAUGUUGACAGUUCCACGUGCAGGAUGGAAAUCUGACCAUCCCUCCCCUGUUUAGAGGAAGAACUUGAAGGGAUAAGGACUUCAUUAACUAUCCGUCGACUCUCCCCUUCUUUAUCAGUGUCACCCAUUCCAGUGCAAAUAUGUCUUGUGUUAUUUUUCUAUUUUUAUCUUCUGUUUCUCUUAUGUUAUGUGUUUCUGUUUCAAGUGAAUAUCUGUUUUUUUUUUUGUUCUUGGAGUGUGUUAAAAUGAAUGGAUUUACACUUACAUGUAUGUUAAGCAGACGAGAAAAAGUGAACAUCUGCCGUCUCCCUCCCAUAUAUGGACGCCACCUUAGCUCUUUUCUAAUCAUCAUGCUGGUGGCCCCUGAAUGUAAAGACAAGAUGUGGGGCAGUAAAUGUGGUUUCCAGUUCCAGGAAGAAUAUUAAGGCUUGUGUGGUUUAAAAAAAAAAAAAACCCACUACAUUUUAAACCAACAAAAAGAGGAAAGAAGAAGAAGAAAGAGCAUCUACCAUUUGUGGUUAGGUAAUGUACAUUGAGCCUAGAUGAAAUAUUGCUGUUGUAACUUUUCCAACUCUGGUGAACUGAGGUACCUAACGUAUUUGGUAAGUGUCCCAAAUAUCUGUUGCACCCAAAGGACCCACAGCACCAGCUAAAGAGGUAGGAAAAAUAAAAAAAAAACUAUAAAUGUCUCAGGAAAAAAAUGACCAUCAAAUAAGUCCAAAACUGAACAAUGAAGAAAAUUCUGGAGUUUUGAGUUUCAUGUCCCUCAAUCUUUCUCCAUUGUGGAUUUUUUUUUUCUAUAUCAAAUGUAUGUUUUUGAUGUUCAAGGUUUUCAGUCCUGUUAGAUUUGUAUUUUUCCCCGUUCAAAGUUCGUAAAACCAUAGUCUUAUGUGAAGGACUCCACCCUCUCCUCCACGUAGUUUCUUUGUUUUUCCGCUCUAAUGGAAGCCAGCUGUGGCUCUUGGAGGCAUCGAACCCUCUGGGGACAACAGCAGCCACAUCCAUCCCAUUUAGCCCCGUGACGUUAGCAAGAGACGGCUGCUAGCAGAUUGUUUGGUUUUUAGUGUGAGUAUUUGUAUUUGUUUCUUGUACAAGGUGAACAUAUAGCAUACAGUGCAGCUGGAAACAAUAAAUAAAGUUUACUGUUCUGAUUGAU